AUGGGCGAACCUACAUCCGAUCAGCAACCAGCUGUUGAAGCUCCAGUUGUGCAGGAGGAGACAACCAGUUCUCCGCAAAAAAACAGUGGAUAUGUCAAGAAUACUGCUGGAAGCGGUGCUCCUAGAAAUGGGAAAUAUGAUGGUAACAGGAAGAACUCUAGGCCUUAUAACCAAAGAGGUAACAACAACAAUAAUAAUGGUUCUUCCUCGAAUAAGCACUAUCAAAAGUAUAACCAACCAGCGUACGGUGUUUCUGCGGGAUACAUUCCGAACUACGGCGUAUCGGCAGAGUACAACCCUCUGUACUAUAACCAGUACCAACAGCAGCAACAGCUGUACGCUGCUGCUUACCAGACUCCAAUGAGCGGACAAGGUUAUGUCCCCCCAGUAGUGUCUCCAGCUGCUGUUUCAGCUAAACCAGCGAAGGUUGAGAUUACUAACAAGUCUGGUGAACACAUAGAUAUUGCUUCCAUUGCUCAUCCACAUACUCAUUCUCAUUCUCAAUCUCAUUCGCGUGCAGUUCCAGUAGUGUCGCCUCCAGCUAACGUUACCGUCGCUGCUGCUGUAUCAUCCUCUGUGUCUCCAUCAGCUUCUCCAGCUGUCAAAGUACAGAGCCCUGCUGCUAAUGGUAAGGAACAAUCUCCAGCUAAGCCUGAAGAACCAAAGAAGGACACUUUAAUUGUGAACGAUUUCUUGGAACAAGUUAAAAGACGCAAGGCUGCUUUAGCUGCUAAGAAGGCUGUCGAAGAGAAGGGUCCUGAGGAACCGAAGGAAUCUGUCGUUGGAACUGACACUGAUGCAAGCGUUGAUACUAAGACAGGGCCUACAGCCACUGAAUCUGCCAAGUCUGAAGAAGCUCAAUCAGAAUCACAAGAAAAGACUAAGGAAGAGGCUCCAGCUGAGCCAAAACCAUUGACUUUGGCCGAAAAAUUGAGACUUAAGAGGAUGGAAGCUGCAAAGCAAGCUUCUGCUAAGACCGAGGAACUAAAGACUGAAGAAUCUAAGCCUGAAGAAACAAAGACCGAGGAGCUAAAGACUGAAGAAUCUAAGCCUGAAGAAACAAAGACCGAGGAGCUAAAGACUGAAGAAACAAAGUCCGAGGAACUAAAGACUGAAGAACCUAAGGCGGAAGAAUCAAAGGCGGAAGAACCAAAGCCUGAAGAACCAAAGACCGAGGAACCGACGACUGAACAACCAAAGUCAGAUGAACCAAAGUCGGAAGAAUCAAAAACUGAAGAGCCAAAAACCGAGGUAUUAAAGACUGAAGAACCAAAAUCGGAAGAAUCAAAGCCUGCAGAACCAAAGACUGAAGAAACAGCAACUGAAGAAACAGCAACUGAAGCAAACGCCGAAGAAGGUGAACCGGCUCCUGCUGGUCCCGUUGAAACUCCUGCUGAUGUUGAAACAAAACCUCGAGAAGAGGCUGAAGUUGAAGACGAUGGAAAGAUUACCAUGACCGAUUUCCUACAGAAGUUGAAAGAGGUUUCUCCAGUUGAUGAUAUUUAUUCCUUCCAAUACCCAAGUGACAUUACGCCUCCAAAUGAUAGAUAUAAAAAGACAAGCAUUAAAUAUGCAUACGGACCUGAUUUCUUGUAUCAGUUCAAAGAAAAGGUCGAUGUUAAAUACGAUCCAGCGUGGAUGGCUGAAAUGACGAGUAAAAUUGUCAUCCCUCCUAAGAAGCCUGGUUCAAGCGGAAGAGGCGAAGAUAGAUUUAGUAAGGGUAAGGUUGGAUCUCUAAGAAGUGAAGGCAGAUCGGGUUCCAGGUCCAACUCGAAGAAGAAGUCAAAGAGGGAUGAUAGAAAAUCUAAUAGAUCAUACACUUCCAGAAAGGACCGUGAAAGAUUCAGAGAGGAAGAAGUCGAAGAGCCAAAGGUUGAGGUUGCCCCAUUGGUCCCAAGUGCUAAUAGAUGGGUUCCUAAAUCUAAGAUGAAGAAAACAGAAGUCAAGUUAGCUCCAGACGGAACAGAACUUUACGACGCGGAAGAAGCAUCAAGAAAGAUGAAGUCAUUGCUGAAUAAAUUGACAUUAGAAAUGUUCGAACCUAUUUCUGAUGAUAUCAUGAAGAUCGCUAACCAAUCUAGAUGGGAAGAAAAGGGUGAGACUUUGAAGAUUGUCAUCCAACAAAUUUUCAAUAAGGCCUGCGAUGAACCUCAUUGGUCAUCAAUGUACGCGCAAUUAUGUGGUAAGGUCGUUAAAGACUUAGAUGAUAGCAUUAAAGACUCAGAAACCCCAGAUAAGACUGGUUCUCACUUGGUUUUGCAUUACUUAGUCCAAAGAUGUCAAACUGAAUUCCAAACAGGAUGGACUGAUCAACUACCUACAAACGAAGACGGUACUCCUCUACAACCUGAAAUGAUGUCCGAUGAAUACUAUAAGAUGGCUGCCGCUAAGAGAAGAGGUUUGGGUUUGGUUCGUUUCAUUGGUUUCUUGUACCGUUCGAACUUAUUGACUUCCAGAAUGGUCUUCUUCUGUUUCAAGAGACUAAUGAAGGAUAUUCAAAACUCUCCUACUGAAGAUACUCUAGAGUCUGUAUGUGAACUUUUGGAAACAAUUGGUGAACAGUUCGAAGGUGCUCGUAUUCAAGUUACUGCAGAAGCUGUCAUUGAGGGUUCAAGCUUGCUAGACACACUAUUCGACCAAAUAAAGAACGUGAUCGAAAAUGGUGACAUCUCCAGCAGAAUCAAGUUUAAGUUGAUCGACAUUGUCGAACUAAGAGAAAAGAGGAACUGGAAUAGUAAAAAUAAGAACGAUGGUCCAAAGACCAUUGCUCAAAUUCACGAAGAAGAAGCCUUGAAGAGGGCUUUGGAGGAAAGAGAAAGAGAAAGAGAUCGCCAUGGGUCCAGAGGUGGUUCCAGACGUAUGAAUAGCGAGAGAAACUCUUCUAGAAGAGAUUUCUCCUCUCAUUCUCACAGUCACAAUCAAAAUAGAGACGGUUUCACUACUACCAGAUCGUCAUCAGUGAGAUAUUCUGAGCCAAAGAAGGAAGAACAAGCUCCAACUCCAACUAAAUCUUCUGGUGGCGCUGCCAACAUGUUUGAUGCAUUGAUGGAUGCCGAAGAUGAUUAA